AUGAGGAAACCAUGGAAACAUGCUUUGAUUGUCAAAGUAUUCAAGAAGCACUUGGAGUUCAAAUUCUUCGACCAAAAGAUCAGAGAGCUGUGGAAACCGUGCAGAAAUAUGUCUCUUAUAGACAUUGGAAAAGGUUUCUACAUAGCCAAGUUUGAUUCUCCCGAAGAUUUCCUCAAAGUUGUAAAGGGAGGGCCUUGGUAUAUUCUUAAGUAUUUCGUAUCUAUUCAACAAUGGGUACCAAAUUUCAACUCCAAGAAUGGUCAACCCUCUACUACAGCAACCUGGGUUCGUCUCCCGGGACUCCCUUUAGAAUACUAUGAUCGGGAAAUCCUUGCCAGAGUGGGAAAUAAAAUUGGGAAGUUAAUCUCCAUGGAUGCACGCACAGCAAACUCGAAAAGGGGGCGCUACGCCAGAUUUUGUAUAGAAAUUGACCUCUCCAAACCUUUCCCCACUUCUCUCAAAUUUGGUAGGUAUGUCCAAGAAUUACAAUUUGAGGGCUUAUCCUUCUGUUUUGGCUAUGGGUACGUGGGCCAUGACUCUGGGAAAUGUCAAGAAUUUGGUCGUCGGUCCGCUUCUUCUUAUCAAUAUGGCUAG